UAUCACCCAGAGGAUAAAAAUGUCCUUAGUUUGUUUAAGAAAACGACAUACAUAUACGAUACUUGUGUUACAAAUACGUGUGAAACACUCAGUGAACGAGUUGUAUGUAAAAACGGAUUGAUCGAGAUUGAGGGUUCUACUAUCAGUCCAAUUAUCAAUACAAUCAUUAAGAACUCGUAUUCCACAUCUGUUAAAUUUAAAUAUUCAAAUGAAGAAAUGAAGACAACAUGGGUUGUUCCUGAAAGUGUCUCACAUCUAUACUUGCUUUUUAAAAACAAUGACGUAGAUGGUGAUAAUGUUGAUACACGUGUUCUUAACAUCGACUUUUCUUGCAUUAAAACUCUCAAAAUUAUAACAUUUAUUGAAGUAAAUUUUGACAACGAAUUUCUUUGUUUGGAAAGCCUCUCUGUGACAAAUGCCGUUGCAAUUAAAUUCACCGAGAAGUGCAAAAUGAAUACACUUUCUGAAAUUGAGUUGUGGGAUGUCGAUGAAACUAGUUUUUCUUGUAAACUUGACAAAUUAAAGACACUUUUUGUUUUUAAAGGAUAUCAAAUCACAUUCAAAAAAAUUGAUAACCUCAAGAGACUUACUGUGAUCGAAUCAGACUAUGUGUCAGUGCCAGAAAUCAGCUUUGAAAACAAAGUUGUCCAUUUGAGUCAGUCUGCGGCAAUAACUUUUAACGGAAUCGAUAUGGUCAAGUAUCUUCAAAAAUAUGCCAAUAAAAACGUACAAAGAAACUCGUUGAAAGUGCCAAUUUUGUUUUUGAAUUUCCACUCCCAAUUAAAGAAGAAGGCGAGUGGAAAAUGUCCAAAUUUGUUUCAAUGA